AUGGUUUCUCUCCAUCCCUAAAUUUUAUCCGGUUCAUACUCGGCGCGAGAGGAUGGGAGCCACUCUCUUCUUCUUCAGUCUCUCCUCCGCUCCCAUCUCCUUCGCGCCGCAAAACCCUAAUCUCACUGUACUUCGCGCUCGCUCCUCGCCUCUCGCUAUUCCUGCCUCAGCUGAUCAUAAUGCCAUUCUUCACCAACGGUGUGCAGUUCCUUUCCUCUCCGCGAAGGUGCUACGCACCGCAGCGCCAACUAUCCCCGUCGAAGAAGAGCUCCUAGACAUAUCUAAAAUUGGCAUAUCGGAACAGAUCGUUACUGCUCUCUCUCGCCGGGGUAUCACUGAGCUGUUCCCCAUUCAGAGAGCUGUCUUGGAACCUGCGUUGGAAGGCCGUGAUAUGAUUGGAAGGGCUAUCACUGGAUCAGGAAAAACUCUUGCGUUUGGCAUUCCCAUAUUGGAUAAAAUUAUCCGGGAUCAGAAUCAAAGCUGGAAAAAAAGUGUUCCUUCUGCUCUUGUAUUGGCCCCUACACGCGAGCUAGCACGUCAAGUGCAACGAGAAUUCGAAAUUUCCGCUCCAAAAUUGCGAAGUAUUUGCAUUUAUGGAGGAAUACCAAUUAUGAGCCAAGUUCGUUCUCUAGGAUAUGGCAUGGAUAUUGUUGUUGGAACACCGGGGAGAAUUAUUGACCUUUUUGAAAGGGGCGCCUUAGAUCUUUCUGAAGUCAAAUUUGUUGUGCUGGAUGAAGCUGAUCAGAUGUUAGCUGUAGGCUUUCAGGAGGAUGUGGAACGCAUUUUAAGUUACCUACCUAGAGAGAAACAAUGCAUGCUAUUUUCUGCAACAAUGCCUCAAUGGAUUCAUGAUCUGUCGAGGAAGUAUUUGAGGGAUCCCAUAGUAGUAGAUCUUGUUGGAGACUCUGCUCAAAAGUUAGCUGAGGGUAUCUCCCUCUAUUCUAUUUCGUCAACCUCUUUUAACAAACAAAAUCUCCUUCCAACUUUGAUUUCAAUGUAUGCUCAAGGAGGUAAAAGUAUAAUUUUCACAAAAACAAAGAGAGAUGCGGAGUCUCUCUCGAGGUCCAUGGGAGUUAUAAUUGGGAGCAAAGCACUACAUGGAGACAUGCAGCAGUCCCAGAGGGACAAAACUCUCGCUGCUUUCCGUGAUGGACGGUUCCAUGCAUUAGUUGCUACAGAUGUCGCUGCACGUGGUCUUGAUAUUCCUAAUGUUGAUCUGGUUAUUCAUUAUGAAAUUCCAAAUACUUCUGAGAUUUUUCUUCAUAGAUCCGGCAGAACUGGCCGAGCUGGUAAUAAGGGGACUACAGUGCUUAUGUUCACUGAAGGUCAGCGACGCACAGUUAGAAGCAUUGAGCAUGAUUUAGGAUGCAAGUUCGAUGAGCUGCGAGGCCUCACUGGUGAAGGUGGAAGAAAACCCUCUGGCAAAUAUAAUGAUAGUUCUGCAGAGGAAAAUCUUUGGCUUUCCGAUGUUAAUGAUUCGGAUGAUAGCACUCAAUAUCUUAAUUACAGGAGAUCCCCAAGGUCUAAUAACACUUACAGAAACUCUAAAGGUAACUUCAGAAACCAUUCUCAUGACUCUGAUAAUUCACAUUAUGGAAAUAAUGGCAGAUUUGUAAAGUUCAACUCUCAUAAAAAAUUACAAGAUAACACCAGAAAUGAAUCUCGUGGCUCUGAUAAUAAUGCCAGGCAUGGAAAUAAUGGGAGAUCUAAAAGCGACAAUUUUUAUGGAAAUUCUCCCUUCAGAAGCCUGAAAACUUCUAGAAAUAAGGAUCAGGAUAGAUCAGGCAGUGCUAAUGAUAGUUUUGAUUCGUUGUUUGAUUUGUUUUAGGCAAAUUUACAUGCAUACCAUAUAAUUCUUUAUGUAUUUACAUAUCUAACGCCUACAUUUUUUAUAUUUACAUUCACAUUUACAUAACUUUGGUAUCGGAAACCCAUGCAUGAAAACUGAAAAGUGAUAUUUUGAUGCGAUAUUAAAGAUUUGAGUGUCAUGCAUG